AUGACGAGGAAGACGACGCGGAGCUCGUGUGCACAGCAGAGGGGCGAGGGGGUAGCUGUGGCCGUGGUGGUUCUCGUCGGCGGUCUCGGGUGCGUACGGACGGUCACGGGAGAGAGUCAGAGAGGGGAUGGGGACGAGCAAGCGGUCGAGGGAGGCGCGGGAGAGUGCGUGGCGUCCUUAGCCAGCUCCAGGCGGUCGGCGGCAAGCAGGAAGUGGGGCGGCGUGGCCAGCGUGCAGCGAGCACGCGCCCUCGUGCCUUCUGGCACGAGGUUGAAGAUGACUGGCGCUGAGGAGGUGGACUGGGCCGGCUCGACUGGGCGAACUACAUUAGCAGAUCGGAUCGGGGCUCGCUCGCACGCGCGCGCCUCGAGCCCGACGACCCCGCCGCCUGGACCUCGCCGGCGCCUCUUCCCCACCGGCCUGCUUCCUCCUCCCCCGCCGGCCUGCUUCCUCCACCUCAACGGCCUGCCUCCUCGUCGCCCGGUCGUCGCCGUCAACCGCCUCGCGCCCCGCUGCCAAUCACCCUACGGCCCCAGUGAGCCCCAACUCGCUCCCUCCCUCUCCCUCGUGCGCUCGCGCUCGUUGCCGCGGUCCCCGCCGAUCUCGCCCGCGGUUGACGCGCUCCGGCCGCGUCCGAUGCGCGCUCACCGCGCCGUGCCCGCGCCCGCACCACGCCCGUCCGCCACCGUCGCCGUCCUCGCCAUGCCCAUCGCUGCGUGUCUGCGGCCACCCGACUGGAUCAAGCUCGCCGUGCCCCCCCGCUCCACACCACCUCCCUACACCCAAGGCCACCGUGCCACCGCCCUGGCGCGCACCGGCGCCUAG